AUGGACACGUCGCAGUACACGCCCACGCAGGAAAACACAGAGCAGGACUAUGGCCAAUUCUACCGACCUCCUGUGUCGAGCCCCCCGCCCGAUACGCUGCCGCUGCACGACGAGCCCGAGAAGACGCUGCAGGCUGACGAUACCGGCGCCGUCAACUUUGGAAAUCUGAGCCCUGGUGUGCGGCCGUCAUCACAGGUCUCGGAAGAUGCAGGCUUUGAGAAUACUCGAGGCGGAUGGAGGGCGCCCGACUUGACGUCGCAGCAGCGGUCGAGUCAUGGCUUUACCCCGUUGAAACCCGGCGUUCCUUUGCCAGAGACACCGCUGCCGGCGAAGAAUCCCUUUGCCGUGCAGAACAAUGGAGGUGCCGCCGUUCCCUUUGCAGGUACACAGCUGUUUGAACAGACUCCUGCGGUAACCUCGGCUAUGAAGCUUCACAGCCCUACGUCGUCGCGGCCGUCGCCGGCAAUGCUGCCUGACACAAUGUCCUUGAACUUGAUGCCGACAUCUCCUCUGAAGCGUCGCGACAAUGUCUCUUCGCCUACCAUUUUGCAUACGUCAAGCCCCAGCCGAUUGACUACCGUCGCCGCGACCACUAGAAAGCCUCGAGUGUCCCCGAUUCGGGAAGAGGUGUUGAACGAAGACGAAGACGGUGAUCCUCAAGAUGACAUGAUUCCGGAAUCACCAACGAUCCAGCCGCUGAAGUCGUUUGGCAACCGGCAACCCCCUGCGCAAGUCCAGUCCUACUACGAGCCGAUGAAGAAGUCUCAAGAGCGUAAAGCGAUAACGAGAGCACCGCCUCGGGACCUGGGCAUUGACAGCGACCCGGACGAUGCCGUUAUAAGGAUGAGGCGUAAGAAGAGGAUGGACAAGAUACGACUUCAGGCUGCGGAAGAGAUGGAGAAGGUGAGGGUGCCGAUACCUUCGCGGCAGGAUUCGGGCGAAGGCCGGAAUCGUAAGAGAAGAAAGCUGUCGUCGGGCGGUGAGGAUGAGGACCGUCCGCUCAAGUCAUCAGCUUCAGAUCUUCCACAGGAUGCCAAGGCGCGUCCCGGCUCAAAGAGUCCUCAGAAAGGAUCAAGCUUGCCCGAGCAGAGUCUAUCAGCAGGGUCUACCAAAGCCACUCCGCGAGAUGCGACAUUAGGCGAAGGCGGCAAGAAGAUGGGGCCUGUUCGACCAGGCAGAAGAAAUAAGGAGUCUGCCUCUGAGGAUAUGAUACCCGCUACUAGUCCUGUGAGAUCUCUAUCAACAGGGGCUCAGCGUGGUGCUCCACUGGCCUCCGAGCCUGAGCUGCCGACCCUCAUUGAGAAUGAGGUUGGAGAUGAGGAGGCGGACAAAGAUGGGGAACCCUCAUCGUUGCCUCCGCCUCGUCGACAUGCACAAAGAGUCUACGGUAGACACGCACAAAGCCGUCGUCGAAACAGGAUCAUCACAUCUUCGGAGACUAAUGAGAGAUCGUCGGUCGAGCCGGAAUCACGAGGACGAAGGGGUGCUCUUGCAAGCUCGAGCGAUGCAGCCCCCAUAUCAACAAGUGAGCCUGUGUCUCGUGUAUCAAUCGAACAUGGCGGGCAGAUGGAGUUGGGCAACACAGAGCCAGAGCUCCCGAGACUGUCACCUACGAGGUCGCAUUCUGCAGCGACUGUAGCAACAUCCCUUGCGACGCAAAGGAGCGAGCGGACACCGCUUACGCCUAUGCGUGCCCGUGCAACGGACCGGAGACAUCAUACGUCGUCCAGCUUAACGGCUAAAUCAACGCCAGUCGUUUCAGACAAGGAUACGCCAGAUACACAGGCUUCUCCGGUUUCUGACCAACCCAAGUCCACCACCAAUGUAUCUUCUCCGGCUCAAAAUCGUAAAAUGCGGACUCGGCAUCCAGAGCGGACAUCGAGGGAGAAGACGCCACAGGGAGCAGCAAAGGGGCAAAAGACGAGUAUGCCAUCUGCAGGUAUCAACCCGACUUCUACCGACGAGUUACAGCAAUCACCGCCCAGCAGUGCCCUUGAGAUGGGCAUAUCCUCUUUGAGGUCCAGCAGGAUAUUCAAGCAAAGUAUUGGAUCUACCUUUCGCGGGCGAAGACUGUUUGAGGGCAUGGUAUUUGCCAUAUCAAUGUCAGCGGAUAAGGAGAGCCAAAAGACGCGCGCAAAUCUAGAAACCAAGAUCAAGCAGGCUGGUGGCCUUAUUCUAGAGUCUGGUUUCGAAGAGCUGUUUGAGCCUUCUUCCGUCAUGAGCACCCACGACGUACCAGCCACUGCCAAUGGAGCAUCUCUGAGCUUAUCAAAGGCCGGCUUGCACUAUGGAUUUACAGCGUUGAUAGCAGACAAGCACUCGCGAAAAGUCAAGUACAUGCAAGCACUGGCUCUGGGUCUGCCUUGUCUGGCGUUUCAGUGGGUCAUAACGUGCCUCAACAAGGGGAUACUGAUCGACUGGGAGCCCUAUCUCCUGGCGGCAGGAUCGUCCGUUGUUCUAGGGAACGCCGUCAGGUCCAGAUGCCUACGGCGCUACGACGCGGCAGAGGCUAGACUUAUAGACAUGGUCGACCACCGGCCAAAGUUGCUUGCGGGGGAGAAGCUCCUCGCGCUCGUGGACGAUACGAGGACCCGAAGCGAGGGAAAGAAGAAGAAGACGGACCUGGAGAAGCGGCCGUACAUGUUCCUUGCCCAGGCGCUGGGGCCGUCCAUCUCCUGGGUGUCGACGAUACAGCAGGCUCGCGAAUUCUUGGACGCACAGGAGAAGGCGGGCGAGCCGUUUACCUGGCUGUACAUGGACGAGUCGAUUGGCACGGUGGAGUCUGUGCUCACGGUAUCAGAGUCUACGGGGAAGAAGCGGCGGAGAUCGCAGGCGCCGUCGGUGACGAGGAACAUUCGUGUGUUGUGUGAUGAGCUCAUGAUUCAAAGCCUCAUUCUGGGACGGAUGGCUGAGGAAGACGAAAUGGCUUAUGUUGGAGAGAAGCAUUGA